AUGGCGCUCUUGGAAAAAGAAAGAUUCAAGCAACAUAACAUGAAAAAGUAUGCUCAAGCAGCAAGCAUAGAGGAACAGAUUUCUGCUUCAAGAAAGGAGACACAUCCAUUGACAGAAAAGCUGGCCAAACUGCAAGAAAAGGAAGCACGGUCCAAUCGGUAUCAUACAGCUAAGGCAAGCCAGAGUAAUAAUCCAAAAGGCAAAGGGCAGACCGCAGAAGUUAACAAGCAGGCCCAACGAACUUGUUUCAAAGUGGAGUUAAACCUAAAAUGCAGAGAGCAAUGGUGAAAUUGAGUCUGGCCAGAAAGAUUGUAGCAUAGUGAAGAGUAUUGCGAGGAAUGAAAUAAUACACGAAGAGAAAAAGGUUGAGGAAGAUAGUGUAAUUAUGCAGGAUAUUAGCGCAGAUUGAUUCUGGUGAAGGAGUAAUGAACAACGAGAAAGACGUUGGAAAAGAUAUGAAUGAAGAAAGUAAGGAAAUGACACAGAUCGCUCUUUUUUAUGAGUUUGAUGACUUUGCCAGAUAUACAACUUGGGCAAAGAGAUAUUUCUAA